AAAAAAAAUGAACUUUUUCCAUUAUUUAUAAGGGCAAUGAAAAUAUAAUUGUGAAUAGUACUAAAACCACUAUUUUGGUUUUGGUCGGGCUAUGACAAGCUGUACAGCAUCACGCGUGUGCUCCCUGAUAUCUGGCCUAUUUAUUCCAUUUUAUUCCGUAUUUUAUUUAUUUAUUUAUAUACUCCGUAUAUUUAAAAAAACAUGUCAUUUUUCGGCGAUCUACGUCAUACACCAGCCGCCACAAAACCACCGGGAAUGGCCACCGUGAGCGGCGGCGGCGUCACUGAUCGCAGCGUUCCUCUUCGCAACCUCUCCUACGUUCGAGACCGAGUCGACUCGCUUCAGAAGUUCCUCUCCGACUCGGUUAGCAGCAACGCUCCUCUCGGCAGAGACGAGAUGGAUAGGGUUUCGGCGGAGCUCAGCUCCGCCAUCCGCCAGAUCAUCGCCAACGGCGCGUCGCUUCUCUCACCAAACCAGACCGGCGGAGAAACUGCAGACGGCAGGGCGCCGGAUCGGGGCGAAGGCGGCGGCGAGGAUUCCGAAAUCAUCGAGAUGGACGCGGUGCAGCUGAUGGCGGAGCACGUCCAUUUCUGCGAGAUAUGCGGGAAGGGCUUCAAGCGGGACGCGAAUCUCCGGAUGCACAUGAGGGCUCACGGGAACCAGUACAAGACGCCGGAGGCAUUAGCGAAGCCGGAGAGAUCCCCAGAUCCGAUCGUCUCCGGCAGAAUCGCGCUGUUCUCGUGCCCCUUCCCCGGCUGCUCGAGGAACAAAUCGCACCGGAAAUUCCGGCCGCUGAAAUCCGCGAUCUGCGUGAAGAAUCACUUCAGGAGAAGCCAUUGCCCCAAAACCUACCUCUGCACCAGGUGCAACACGAAGAGCUUCUCAGUAAUGGCGGAUCUGAACAACCACAUGAAGAAUUGCGGGAGAACGAAAUGGAAAUGUUCAUGCGGAACUAGCUUCUCGCGCAAGGAUAAGCUCUUCGGACACAUAGCUUUGUUUGAAGGGCACAUGCCUGCAGUUACAGAGGAAGAAGAUGAUGAAGCAGCAGUGAUUGCCAUGGAAGUGGAUGAAACAGAGAAGAAGAUGGAUAUGGAACUUGAAGAGUUGAAUUCAAUGGACAGAUUUCUUGAUGAUUAUGGCUCAGUGGAGAAUUUCUGGUUCCAGAACACUUUUGGAUCAUCAACAACAACAACAACAACUUCUGUUGAUUUAGGUACCACUGUGAUAGAUAAUUUCUUCAGCUUUUGAUUUGACAGAACCUUAACUGCAUGAUGAUGAUCUCCAUUAAUGUUCAUCAAUCUCUUAGCUUGUUUAACUGUGCAUAUAAUUGAUGAGUUCUUGUUCUUUGUAAUAAAAUAAGGAAUGCAAAUUUUAAUCUUGUGAUUAGUUUUGCUUCAAAAUUGCAGAUUUUCACUUGAGAGUCUUUUUGUUCAUACUUAUAAAUGUCAUAUGAAUGAAAGAAUGGCCUUCAUUAAAUGGUUGACAUUAUU